AUGACCAACGUAAUGAGCCUGUUCUCCCUCAGCGGGACCACCGCCCUGGUCACUGGUGGCACCCGUGGCAUUGGCCAAGCCAUGGCCAUUGCUCUGGCCGAGGCCGGCGCCGACAUCAUUCUGGUUCAGAGAGACACCACCAACACCGCCACCAAAGAUGAAAUCACCCGCCUCGGUCGGAAGGCCUGGAUUCACGUCGCCGAACUGGGGGAUCGGCAAGCCGUCAAAGGCAUCAUCCCCGCAGUCACCAGUCAAGGCCUGCAACCACAGAUUCUCGUCAACUGCGCCGGCAUCCAGCGCCGGCACCCAAGCGAGCAAUUCCCGGACGAGGACUGGGACGAGGUCCUCGAAGUGAACCUUUCCUCCGUCUUUGCCUUGUGCCGAGAAUUCGGUGCCUAUCUGCUAGCGCGCGACGCCUCCGAAUUCCCCUCCGGCCGCCGAGGCUCGAUUAUUAACGUUGCCUCGCUGCUGACCUUCCAGGGUGGCAUUACGGUCCCCGCCUAUGCGGCGUCCAAGGGAGGGAUUGGACAGCUCACCAAGGCGCUGUCCAAUGAGUGGAUCUCCAAGGGAAUUAAUGUGAAUGCCAUUGCACCGGGAUAUAUCGCGACCGACAUGAACACGGCGUUGAUCAAUGAUUCCAACCGGAACACGGCGAUUAUGGCUCGCAUUCCGGCGGGACGAUGGGGCUCACCGGAGGACUUCAAGGGCGCGGUGGUGUAUCUUGCCAGUCGGGCGAGUGGCUAUGUGUCUGGCGAGAUCCUCACGGUGGAUGGCGGAUGGAUGGGGCGGUAA